UGACAUUGACAUUGACACAACACGCGUGUUGAUUUACAUUCUCAAUUAUUUUGUUUUCUUUUGAUUAAUUAAUAAAACUGGAACAAAAUGGGUAAACUAGAUGUUGCUAUAUUGCGCUAUCUAACCAGUGAAGACUUCCGUGUUUUGACUGCGGUGGAAAUGGGUAUGAAGAACCACGAACUGGUACCCGGAUCACUGGUAGCGUCUAUAGCUAACUUACGACACGGUGGUGUUCAUAAGUUAAUGAAAGAAUUGUGUAAACAUAGACUGUUGACGUACGAACGUGGAAAACAUUAUGAUGGUUAUCGUUUAACGAAUGCUGGUUAUGAUUACUUAGCGCUAAAAGCAUUGACGAACAGGAAAGUGAUUGCAUCAUUUGGUAAUCAGAUUGGCGUUGGCAAGGAGUCUAAUAUUUACACAGUCGCUGAUGAGGACAGGAAUCCACUUUGCUUAAAGUUGCACAGGUUGGGCCGCACAUGCUUCCGGAACAUAAAAGACAAGCGGGACUACCAUGCGCACAGGAACCGUGCAUCAUGGCUCUAUCUCUCCAGGAUAUCAGCCACUAAGGAGUUUGCAUACAUGAAGGCUUUACAUGACAGAGGGUUUCCCGUCCCACGCCCUAUAGAUUUCAACAGGCACUGUGUUGUUAUGGAUUUAGUGCAAGGUGGACCUUUGACACAUGUAACGUCAGUACCAGACCCUGCCAGCUUGUAUGAUGAGCUGAUGGAUUUGAUUGUGCGUUUGGGCAACUGUGGAGUAAUACACGGAGACUUUAAUGAGUUCAACAUUAUGGUGGAUGAAGAAGGACGGCCCAUUAUUAUUGACUUCCCGCAAAUGGUGUCCACUAACCAUCCUAAUGCUGAAUUGUAUUUCGAUCGUGACGUGAAAUGCGUACGCGAGUUCUUCAAGAAGCGGUUCGGGUAUGAGACGGACACCUUCCCCAGGUUCGAGGAGUUGGAGCGUGAUGAUGAACUGGACACGGAGAUCGCCUGCUCCGGGUACAAGCGUACUAAAGGCGUUGAUGAUGAAUUGUUACAGGAAAUGGGUAUCGGUCUCCAAGUAAGUGAUGACGAAGACAGUCAUUCAGGUGAUGAAACUGAUGAAGUAAAUACAAAGCAGAGUUACGAAGAAGAUGAGGUCACAGCUCUUAGAAAUGAGGUUGAAAAAUCAAUCAUGAACGACGAAAGGAAACGAACCAUAGAAGAAAUAACAUCGAAAACCAAUAAAAUAUCUUUAGAGAACGAACAGGAAGAAGUACCAACAUUAGUUCCAAUUGAUACAAAAGAGGAUAUAUCCAAAAUGGAUACAAAUUCACAGAAAUACAGAUUAUCUAUGAUAGAGAAAGCUCUAUCCGAUGUCAGAUCUAUGAGAAGUUACACAUCAGCUAGUACUAUAGCUCCAGAAGUAGUUAAACAGCAGGUAAAGAAGAAUCUAGAAGAUAGACAGAAGAAGAUGGAGAGGAAGAAAGCGAUCGCGAAGGGAGAAGCGAGUGCUGUCACGAGGCAAAGAAGAGAUAACAGAGAGACUAUAAGAGAAAGUCAUGGAUUAUGGGGAUGGGCAGAAUAAUGUAUUAUUAAAUAAAUAAAAGAAUGUUAUAUA